AUGCCGCCCACCGAACCUCCCGAAUAUCCGGGCGUAGACCUGCCGCUGCGAUUUCUCGAGCAGGAGGGCGUGGCCGGCGUCGACUUCUACCGCGUAGGUUGCUUCCGAGGCAUCUUGGGCGCCGAGUCAGAGCUCCUCCAGGUUCGGGAGGUGGCCAUGAUGAUCCUCAUGGACCGCCUGACGGACAAGCCCAACUGGCACGUGGACGUGUUUGACGACGCCAUCGUCGCCCGCUGGCGCGACGAGGCGCUAUCCCAGGACGAAAGACCCAUGUACCGCGAGAUCCUGGACGGCAAGGAGCUGCCCAUGCCCAAGCGGACCAGGUUGAUAUCACCGGAAGCUUUCGACUAUUGCAUCGCCGAGCUGAGGGACAAGGCGGCCUACUUCGGCGAGACCGGCAUGAUCUUUACCCUCAACUGCCAGCAGAACACGGCUAUCAAGGCCGACUCGCUUGGAACUGAACCCGAGUGGCACCCCUGGACGAACUUCAUGGUCCAAGACCUUGUCCACCCGUCCAUGUAUCCGUUUGUCUACGGCAGGACUAGGUUCAUCGAGGACGAAGUUGUCGGGGUUACCGAUGCCAUCGAUAGGUGGCCCGGCAAGGGGGAGGUUGUACCAAAGGACAACGGACGCCCCUACGAUGACGGCCGUCAGGUUAAGCCCACUUAUUGGUCCAAGACUUACCAAUGGCUCCCAGCGAACCUCGCCUUCCAGGAAGACGGCACCGUGCGCUUUACCAGCUAUAUCAACAACCUCCACCCGAAGAAGUACCCGGCAAUAUACACACUCGUGGAGAAGCUCAUCGACAAGGCCAUCCCAGCCUGGGAUCGGGCUCUCAGCGGCGUAGCCGUUGACAAACGCGGCCGCAAACAAAGACGUUUCUGUUCCGUGGGAACAGUGUGCAAUCACAAUGAUCGAAACACAAUCUGGGAGAAGUUCGAUGCUGACGUGCUCGCUGCGAGCGAGGCUGAAUCUGGCUCGGUCGAGUACGACAAGGACGAACUGAAUGAAAUGCUGUGGAACGCAGGAUUCGAUGCCGAACAGAUAAACGAACUAGAAGGAGCAAGGCUCUUCGUUGAGCACAAGCAGGGAUGGGCGAGAUCCCGUGCAGAAAGAGAGACGAAACUGGCUGCAUACCGCGCAAAAAGGGCGCAGUUCGUUGCGGAACUCAAGUGGCGUGAGAUCAGGGAUCCCAUCCUCCCUCAACCGCUGGAGUAUAAGCCCGUUACCUACGAAGUGAGCCAAACCCUCCGCGGGAGAUUCGGGGACAGCGGGCUGCAGGUCAUUGUGAAAAUGACCUCCAUUGAACUUACUCCCGAGAAGCCUGACUUCCGGGUCCAUCAAGGCUGGCACAUCGACGGCCAGAUGAACGAGCACAUUGUCGCGACGGCACUGUACUACCUAGACUCGGAGAACGUGACACCGAGCUACUUGUCGCUGCGCAUGGCCACUAAUCCAGACCUGAAGGACCUGCGCAGCCAGCGUGAGGGAGAUUGGGAUGUACACCGCGCCUGUGGGCGCAUCUUCGGCACCAGUUUAGACAGCGGCCCCGACGCCCGGGCCGUUCAACCCUACGGCAGCAUCGAGACGCGCGAGGGGCGCCUGCUUGCGUUUCCCAACGUCUUCCAGCAGCGCCUCUCGUCCUUCAGCCUCCGAGACCGCACCAAGCCAGGCCACCACCGCGUCAUCACUCUGUGGCUGGUCGACCCGCACCAGCGCAUCAUCUCGACGGCCAACGUGCCGCCGCAGCGGUUCGACUGGUGGGCCGAGGCCAUCUUUGGCUCCGGACCCAGCGCCACCCUGGGCGACAUGGCGCCCGACUUGUUCCAGUUGCUCCUCGAGCAAGGCGCGGCCAAGGCGGUGAAACCAACCGAAGAGCUGCUCAAGAAACUACGCUGCCGCCUACCGGCCGAGAUCAUGGAAAUGAUCCGCCGCGAGGGAAUCCUUCCCGAUGAGCUCAUGAAGGACGAGGAGGCUCGUCGGCAUCGACGGGCGCUGAUGAAGGAGCGCAGUGAGUUCGCGCGGAAAAAUAGGAGCGACUGGGAUAGGGCGUACGAUUUCUACCGGCGCUACUGA